CCCCCCCCCAGCUUACUUCCGCGCGGUGGAGCGGAGUGAACGUCUCGGUGUCGUCUUCGCGGAAUGCAAUUUCACGUGGAAGUUGCCACAGGCAGUGGAGAAUAAUUGUGACUCGAUCAUGGCUACAGCUUCUUGUGAUGAAGUGCGACCAGAGGGCCAACUUGACAUUUCAAGUGUUGUUGAUGAGGAAAAGACAAAUUUGCUUCAGCUCCCAGACCACACUGGAGGAUCAAUACCUAAUGAGGCAUUAUGUCUGCCCAACGAAUCGCAAGCCGUGGGUGUUGGUGCAUUGGCAGAACAUGUAAAUGUUCAAAAAGAGGAUUCAACAACAACAGAAUUGCAGCCAGAUGAGAGCCUCGGCGAAGGAAAACUUGCGGCAGUGCAAUUGAACUCUGAACUUUGUACCAAAUCGCGCCACGUAGAAGAAGCUAAAGGUGAACACAGCGAAGCAAUUGUAAAGAGCAGUACUGACGCAAAUGUGGUCGAGAUGAAUAGUGACUCUUCACAUGCAGCAGUUUGCAAUGCGGACAUUUUGGAUUCAAAAGCUGACACAAACAAUCAUGAAAAUAUCACUGCACAAGCAUCCAGUUCAGACUCGGAGAAGCCAGCACCUGAGUCGUCGCCUGAAUUGGUUCCUGCUGAAGAAGCAUUGUUAACUGAUAUUGAGAUGGAGCUCAUAGAGCUUGAGUUACCUCCAACCAUAAAAGUUCUUAAUGGAAUUAAAAAAGAAGCUAGCAUCGCCGCUGCUUUGCGUGAGCUGGAAACUCUAAGACUGCGUUGUUCUCUGCAAGAGGAAACCAUCAAUAAGUUGGCAGUGGUUGAUCAGAAGCAUCAAAAAGAGCUUUGUGAGCUACAAGCAGAGAACAAGAACCAGAAAGAAGCUUUAGAGAAACACAUUGCAACAGAGUUGCUCAAUAACUCCACUAUUAAACAGCUGGAAGAAAAGCUGCAGGGAUACCAGCAGGAGGUGACUGCGAGCAAGGAGCGGCUCGCUGCACAAGAACAGGCAUCCAGGAGCGCGAUGGCCCAGAUCCAGAAGGACUUGACCCUUCGCUUGGAGCAGGCCAAUAAGCGAUGCGAGGAAGAUCGUAAGGAGAAAGAGGCCAUGGUCAUGAAGUACGUGCGUGGGGAGAAGGAAGCGCUGGACCUGCGCAAGGACAAGGAGGGACUGGAGAAGAAGCUGCGUGAGAGUAUAAAGGAAAUGGAGAAGUUCACGGCCAGGGUGAAGCUGCUGACCCAGGAGAAAGGGCGUCUGGGCACUCUCUAUGAAGCCAGGGAUGGAGAUGUUCACAAACUGAACAAGGAAAUCGAGAAACAAAAAGAAGAAAUCAACUCUCGUGCCUCCAAAAUAAAAUGGGCCCAAAACAAGCUCAAAAGUGAGCUGGACUCUCACAAGGAAACCAAAGAGAAGCUACGGGAAACAACUGCCAAACUCUCAGAAGCAAGAGAAGAGACGGAACAAAUCCGAAUGAACUGUCAGGAGAUGAUCAAGACCUAUCAGGAGUCGGAGGAGAUCAAGUCCAACGAGCUGGACGUGCGUCUGCGUGUGACGGAGGGCGAGCUGCGGAAAAGGAGAGAGGAGCAGAACGACUACAUGGAGAUCCAUGGGGCUAAGAUCAAGGAGCUUGAACACCUCAAAAGGAACUUUAAAGAAGGCAUGGAUGAGCUGCGAACCCUGAGGACAAAGGUGAAGUGUCUUGAGGAGGAGAGGAUACGCACCGAGGAGGAGUUGGCCAAGUACCGGGAGAUCAUCAACCGGCAGAAGGCAGAGAUCCAGGAGCUGCAGGAGGGUGUGCGCGCAGUUGACCGCCUCCAAGAGCAGAUAGACAGCGAUGAACAGGAGCAGGCAGUUCUUCGCGAGGAGUUGGCGGGCCUGAACUGCCUUGUGGCCGACCUGCGGGUGGACAUCGCCGGUAGCCGUGAGCGCGAGGCCGAGCUGCUGGCCUUUGCCGAGCGACUCGCCAGCAAAAACGCACAGCUACAGUCCGACAGCAACGGCCUGCAGGCAAGUGUGGAUCGACUGGAGGCCUGCGAGCGCAAGCUGAUGCAGGAACUGCAAACGCAGGGCCAGGCCAAGGAAGCACUGGCUGAAGAGUUGGGGGUGGUGAAGAAGCAGCUGGAGGAGGAACAGCGCCGCCUGGGUGCAGAGCUCACAGAGGCGACCCGUCAGCUAGCACUGCUCCGUACACAGGCGGAUGAGUUGAGGGAUGAGCUGGCCACCCAGAAGCGAAAGCACGCUGCCAACACCAAGGAUAUGAGCAAGCAGCUGAUGCAUGCUCGUAGAAAACUGGAGCAGCUCGAAACUACUCAAGAAGGCAGGGAAUCUGGAGGCAUGGGAAGCCGCUCUAGCUCGUCUGGCUCGCUGAACGUGCGCGCAGGUGGCAGUCGCGACGAGGGCUUUUCGGAGGUGGCGGGCUCCAGCCCCGGCACAGCCGACAGCUUUCCAGAGGUGGACAAGAGCGUGCUCAUAGAGCGCAUCGUACGCCUGCAGAAGACUUUAGCCAAGAAGAACGAGAAAGUGGAAUUCCUGGAAGAUCACAAUCAACAACUCCUCGAAGAGCUGCGCAGGAAGACCAAGAUCAUACACAGUUACAUAAUGCGCGAGGAGUCGGGGGCCCUGUCCUCUGAAGCUUCGGACAUGAGCAAAGCACAGCUUUCGCGCAAGGGAGGCAUCAUGGCGUCAGUGUUUUCGUCGCAGCCGGCCGACAGCACCAUGACACUGGAGCUGUCUCUGCAGAUCAACCACAAGCUGCAAGCAGUGCUCGAGGACACAGUCCUCAAGAACAUCACCCUCAAGGAAAACAUGCAGACCCUUGGUAAAGAGAUUGAAAGACUCACAAAGCUUAUAGAAGAACAUCAGACAAAGAAUCAACCCUAAAUCAGCAUUGCUUGUGCAUAGGCUGGUAAAUGUCUUACGUGCAAGUACUUUGAUCUCUGAGCUCGGUACAACGGCUUCAGUUGAACACAAAUGAUCAUGACGUGUAUUUCAGUUUUAUAAGCACAUUGCUCUAAAUCGUGUUUGCUAUAAUUGCAUGGCUGGAAUUCUAAGUUAAAUUCAUUCUAACUCUAAUGUGAAAGAUGUAUGCGUGUGAUAAUUGAAUUAUAUAUAUUACAACAAAAAACAUUUUGCGUUUUAAGGUUAUUUUCCAUUGCAAUGUGGUAUGUUAAAUUAUAUUAUUUACUGCCAAAGAUGCACUGUAUAAAUUAAGGUGAUGAAAUGCAGAGCAUUCGGUGCAUAUUUGACUUUCUCAAUUAUUUCUGUCGUAAAAAUGAUUCGUUAUUAUCUAUUAGAGGUUUUCCACAUCACAUGUACAUAUCAUGCCACUGGCUGCACAAUAUUUUCCCAUCAAUUGGUGUGGAUUCACUGCGCCAGUUUGCUACACAAAUCCAGUGUCUGCUGCUGCUGUACACUAAUGUUGUCGGAGCUAAUCACAUGUCUUUACUGCAACAUUAUCUUGUUUGUGGGCACUGGCCUGUAACGUGACACUCCCAAGAAUGCAGUUCACCUACCCUCACUGGCUAACUUGCAGAUCCAGUGAUGCAAAUCAUUCCAUGAGUUCCCACCAUGUCAUGCCAGAACAUAGUGUCGUGAUCUCCUCACAUGGAUAAACUGUAGAGUGACUUACUGAUCUCUUGUGUACUUUCUAAUCUCUUUCAAGUGUAAUAGUGCAUUCAUAAUACCAUAAAACAUAUGAAGCCAGUCACCCAUGUGAACUGCAUCAACAUACCAUCAACCAAAUGUGUGUAUUUUUAAUGAGAUAUAUGUAUAAUAUGUAUAUAUAAUUGAGAUGCUGGUUAUAGUUGAGUAGAACAUUAUGAACUGUAACAUUUACUUUUUUGGGGAAGAAAAUAUGCUUUGCGUACUUUGUGGCAGACAUGUGGACAUUGCCUUGAACGGGCAACGGCUCCAAUCCUUCUCAACCAAAGUUACUUCCCUUUUCAUUCUGUUGCCAGUGUAAGAUGAUAAGAACCAUUUAUAUAACGAAUUCUAAAUAUAACAGUAGGGGACGGCAUGAAUUUAAUGUGACCAUUUGAAGAAUCUUAGUGCUAACUGCCAAACCCAAAUUAUAACGCCUUGGUCAUCAUAUGGAUAGCACGUUUUUUCCCCAAGAAUAUUGUGCUCUUGCCCCAACUGCUAGACAGUUUUCCAAAUAGUUAAGUCAUAUUUUUUAUCAUACAAGCAUAUACAUUGUCCAAGUAAUGGUAUGUGCCAAGUAUAUGUUGUAUAAAAGUGACCAUAGCUCCUAUUAAUGCGGUAUUGUCUACAUAAAAUAGUCAAUUGAUGACCUGUUUAAAUUAUCCCCAACAUUGUUAACAAUGCAUGCUGCACAUCCAUGUAGGUAGGUGUGAUAUGUGUUCAUGUACACUUACGGUUUAUUUUAAAUGUUCUUUGUUGUGCAAAAUGUAUGUGUGUGCGUCUGGUUCUUUAUGUAAAAUUUAUGAACAUAACCAUUUUUGAAUCUAUUUUAAUUGUACCUUAUCUGUAUUUUAGUAUGUUGAAGUUUGCUGUCUUUCAUGCCCUGCAAAUAUCUAUUGGUUUUACAAUAAUUAUGAAAUGUUAACAUGAAAGCAUUUUUGUCAUUAAGUCACGUCGUAGAGAAAUAAAACAUACUGUAUAUAUGUAUAUGUGUGUAUAAAUAUAUACAGUAUAUACAUUUACACAUGUGUAAUGUACAUUGUUUCUUAAUGUGUUCAUUCUUGUAUGUAUAUAUGGAAAUAUCGUUUAAUAAAGGUUUUCAUAA